AUGAAUAUCCUGGUUUGGAACGUCCGUGGCCUGACGGACGAAUCCAAAGAUCUUCUUAAGGAACAUUGUCGUUCCUUCUCGCCUUUGAUCUUGGGUUUGAUCGAGCCUAAGAAAAAGUUUCAUAAAGUUAGACAGAGUUUCUGGAGGUCUUUAAAUCUGGUCCCUCGUCACCAGAAUUGUAGGCAGCCUCGCUGCUCCAAUAUUUGGUUGUUGGCUCAUCCUUCGGUGAGUUCUCAGAUUAUUCACUCUUCGGCUCAGACGGUUAUUGCCAAUUGUACUUGGCAUUCGAAGAGUUUCCGUAUCGCUGUGGUGCAUGGAGCUAAUGAUUCUCUUGCUCGUCGUUCGUUAUGGAUUGAGCUUCUCACUUUUGUGGAUGGGAACACGGUUUUCAUUGGAGAUUUUAAUGCCGUUAAGGGAGCGCAUGAGCGUCGGAGUUCGGUGUCGCCUUCUCGAAGUUCCUGUCGGGAUUUCUGCGAUUUUAUUGAAGCUACUGAGUUCAUAGAAUCGCCCACUUCAGUUUUGCUGAUCUUUGGACGGGUAUUAAUACUCAUGUUCUUCCGCGUCUCACCUCUGAUCAUUCUCCCUUUGGUCUUACAGUGCAAAGCUGGUUUGGAUAAUGGGCGACGUGCUUUUAAGUUUCUCAAUAUGUGGGUGUCUCACCCUAAUUUUCAGGACAUGGUGGAUUCUUCUUGGACGGGUUUGGUGGAUACUAACUGUCCGAUUUACAAGAUCAUGCACAAACUAAAAAGACUUCGUGGGGAUCUUCGCGUUUGGAACAAAACGGUUUUUGGACAUGUUGACAUUCAAAUUCAGGAAGGGCAGCAAAAGCUUAUGGAGGUUCAGAAUAAGAUUUCGAAUCUGGGAUACACCGAUGAGUAUUUUGACGAGGAGGUCGACGCUCAGGCUUCUUUAAGCACUCUUUUGGCGAGAAAAAAUAGCCUUCUUCAGCAAAAAAGUAGGGCUACUUGGUUAACUGAUGGAAACUCAAUUUCUUACGAUACAGAGGCCAUUCAACAGCACAUAAUUGAUUUCUUCUCAAAUCUUUUUACUGGGGAUGGGAGAGCUAACGUGGAUAGAGUGAUGCUUGAGGCGAUCAUUGAUCCUUAUGUGUCUGACGAGCAGAAUGACAUUCUUACUGGUAUUCCUACUGAUGAGGAAAUCACGGCUUCGGUUUUUGGUAUGGAUGCUAAUAGCUCUCCAGGGCCUGACGGUUUCUCUGGUCUUUUUUACCAAAAUUGUUGGAACACGAUCAAAGCCGACAUCUUUGGUGCUGUUAGAGCUUUUUUCCUCAAUUCUUAUUUGCCUGCUGGAUGUAAUGCGAGUACUCUGAUUCUUAUUCCCAAAAAGGAUAUCGUGGAUUCUGUGGCAGAUCUACGACCUAUCAUCCUCUCGAACUUCUUCUUUAAGAUUAUUUCGAAAAUCUUGGCGACUAGAUUGAGUGUGGUUGCGGCUGCUGGUGUCUCCCCGAAUCAAUUUGGGUUCAUAAGCGGUCGUUCGAUUCACGAUUGUAUUAUGUUGGGGUCGGAAGGGUUCUGUUGCAUGAAUCGUACGGGUCGUCGAUCCAACAUGGCUUGUAAAAUUGAUAUUCAUAAGGCCUUUGAUACAAUGAGUUGGGAUUUCAUCUUUCAGGUUCUCCGUGUGAAUGGUUAUCAUGAGAGAUUUAUUAGAUGGAUUUCUAUCAUCUUUACUUCUGCUCGCAUCUCCAUUCUUUACAAUGGGCAGUUGAGUGGAUAUUUUGCUUGCUCUAGAGGGGUGAGACAAGGAGAUCCUCUUUCUCCUAUUCUUUUUGGAAUUGCUGAGGAUGUUCUGAGCCAUUUAUUCUUGAAUUGUGUUAGAUCGCAGCAUCUGGUCCCUAUGGAUUUUAGUAGGGGGUCGGUUUUCCCCACCCAUCUCUUCUAUGCGGAUGACAUCUUGAUCUUUUGUAAAGCUACUAGGAAAAAUGCGCGUAAGAUCAAGGAGAUUCUUGACUUCUAUGGUGAGCUUUCUGGUCAGCUUUGUAACUCUGCCAAGUCUCACGUGUUCUUUGGCUCUGGAGUUUCUACCUCUAUCAAGAGUGGCGUUACUCGUGACUUGGGUUUUGCUCUUGGUUCCAUGCCGGUCACUUAUCUGGGAGUCCCUUUGUUCAAUGGUCGUAUUAAGGCUUCACUUUUCAUGGCCAUCUAUGACAAGAUUGUCAACAAGUUCUCCAACUGGAAGGGUCUGCAUCUUUCGAUGGCAGGGCGUAUCUGUUUGGUUCGAUCUGUUAUACAAAGUUCGGUUACACAUUCGAUGAUGGUGUAUCGCUGGCCCAAAUCGCUUAUUUACAGCCUUGAUAGGAAGUGUCGCAACUUCAUCUGGACUGGUAAUGUGAACAAAAAACCGUCCUGUCCAGUUAGCUGGUCUCGGGCUUGUGCUUCCCGCGUCGAAGGAGGUUUGGGGAUUAGAUCGUUCUCGAAUAUGAAUAAAAGUUUUCUGAUGAAAAUGGCUUGGAAACUGGUGCAAGGAACUGAAUUUGCACAUUCCAUCUUGAGCACGAGGUAUCUGACAAGGUUUGGUUAUGCCAAAGACUAUCUGGCGUCUUCUCCGAUCUGGACGGGAGUUCGUGAGCAUGUGAAUAAUUUGAUUGAUCAAUCUUAUUCUUAUGUUGGGACCGGUGAGCACACAUACUUUUGGCGUGAUGAUUGGCUAUGGUAUAAGUUGUGGGAUAAACUUCAUAUUCCGCCUUUUAUGAUGGAUUUCCUUACUCAGGCGGUUAGUGAUUAUUUUUUUGAUGGAAUCUGGCAUUUCACUGCUGAUUUUGUCAUUAAUUUUCCGGAUAUUGUAGUGGAUAUUUUGUUGCUGCCUAUUGGGGAGGAAGAUGAUACUCGUUUCUGGAAGCAUUCUGUUACUGGAAAGGUGACUGCGGCUUCGGCCUAUGCUGCUCAGAACCAUCGUUUUCCAGAGGUCCGAUGGGGUCGUUGGAUUUGGGAAAAGUUUAUCCCGGAGCGUCGAUCUUUGAUUUGUUGGAGAAUUAUUCACAAGAAAAUGCCUACGAUCGAUGGGCUUGUUCGCCGUGGCAUGGCGGGCCCUAAUCGCUGCAUCAUCUGUUGUCAGGAUGAGGAGUCCAUUGAUCAUUUGUUCUGGAGAUGCAGGGCGUUGAAGACGGUGUGGACUGAUUUUUUGGCGUGGUUUGGAAAAGAGGAGUACUUGUCUUUUGAUGAUAUUCAUAGUGUUCUCGUCACGGCUUGGCAUGAGAAAUUCAGCACUCAAGUGGUCUCUUUCUGGAAAGCAGGAAUUAUGAAUUUACUCUGGCAGAUUUGGGACUGUCGCAAUCAAGCGACUUUCAAUGAUGUUGACGUAUUAGGGUCUCUACACGCACUGCGGCGCCCCCCCACCAUGAUUGAGGUCCAUUGGUGGCCCCCAGCCGGCCAUUGGAUAAAGGUGAAUACUGACGGCUCCGCGUUGGGUGCGCCAGGAAAUAUUGCCGUUGGCGGAGUCUUCCGUGAUAAUUUUGGAUGGGUUCGUGGUUGUUUCCACUUUAAAGGUGGAGUCGGUUUCGCUUUUGAAGCCGAAUUACUAGCUGCCAUUUAUGCUAUUAAUAUUGCUGAUAAUAGAGGAUGGCGUUCCCUUUGGAUUGAGGCAGACUCUACUUAUAUUGUUAAUCUUUUAAAUUCCCGAUCUAAUGACGUCCCGUGGCGUUUCAUGGCUUUAUGGAAGAGAACAAUAAGUUUGCUCUCGAACUUUAACUUUCAAGUGUCCCACAUUUACAGGGAAGGAAACACGGCUGCGAAAAUUAUGGCAAAUCAAAAUCGUUCCGAGGGCUGGUGGCCGUUUGCAAUUGAGGAUAUUAAGAAUGCCGUGGCUCUUGAUUUGGCCACGCAUAGCAGGGUUCGUAUUAAAUUCUAA